AUGCAGCGUUUAAAGCCCGCUAACGAAAUUUAUAAACGUUUAAAGUGGGACAAAGAAUGUAUACCUGAGGGCGAUUUCGUUGUUGGUUAUGAGGACAGGUUUUUGGGUAUAUUGGAAGCAACACUUGAAAAUUUUGAGGCAGAAGAAAUUCCGUUUCAUCGGAUUCGUUAUUUUAAAAAUCUCGCAACUGGUCAAAUUGUAUGGGAUCGAGAGAAGCGAAUAGAUCUUAUUACUAGCAAUUAUUCGAAUCCACAUUCAUCAGAUGAAUUACAAGGAUCAUCUUCUGAUGAUAUUUCUAUAUCUUCGACAAAAUCAAAAAAAAAAUAUCUUAAGCUUAGGAGAAAAAAAUAUUUACAGAAAACACUUGACGAGGCCAGGAAGCAGUUAGCGGAAGAAAUAAGGAUUGAAGAAGAACACGUUAAACAAUAUGAAGAUAGAAUGCGUGAGGUGGAAGAGCGUUUAAAACGUUUUCAAGAAUUACAAAUAUGA